AUCAUGGGAAUGAGGAGGAAGCCUUACAUGAUGAUGUUCGCCUCGACACAGGUGCUUGCCUUCCUUGUGCUGGCCUUCCUGGUGCGCAAUGUCGUCACGGCGGUGCUGGCACUCAUCUUCCUGGCCGUGUCCGCCGCAUUCACCUCCUCCAUGGCUGAAGUAACAAAAGACACAGCACAGCCACUCAGGGCAGUGUGUCUGCACAUUUAAAUCCAAUGACGUGUGUGUGUGUGUGGCAUGCAGGCCUUGUGUGUGGAGUUGUCUGCCCACGCCUCGGCCAAGCUGACCGCUGAGAGCAUCAUGAGCCUGUUCGUCACGUCAAAGGCAUUCGGCAACUUGGUCAGCCAAGCCACCCAGGCCCAAUCUGACUGCACACACGGCCCCUGUCUGUCUGUCUGUGUGUCAAUCAGCUGACGGCUUACUCGUCGGGGCAGCUGAUCGAGUACACGUCCAAGCAGAACGUCUUCCUCAUAACCAGCGCAUUUCCGGUGAGCAAGGAGAACACACACAGAGCGACACACAGACAUAUGAACGCGCUUGUCUUGUGUGUGUGUGCAGGUGUUGAUAGUCGUGGCUGCGUUGAUGAUGCGCGAGGUGACGACCCUCCCGGCUCAGAUGCAGCGGCAGACGGCCUGGCAGCAGCUGAGGCAUGUGUGGGACUUCAUGCGCCAGCCUUUGCUCUUGCCGACCAUCAUCUACGUGGUGGCCUACAUGGGCGGACCGGAUUACGACGACGCGCUGUUCUUCUUCUUCACGUCAGCACACACAGAGAGAGAUACGGCAGGACAGGUCGAUACACGGCGCGUGUGUCAUCUGUGCAGGAAUCGCCUCGGCUUCUCACGUCUGCACCCACAAAUACACACAUACACACACACAAUGUGUGUCUCCCUCCCGCCCCUGUCUCUGUGUGUGUGUGCCAGCGACGUUUCUGGGCUCGAUGCGCCUCACAUACGGCGUGGCGGCGCUCAUCGGCGUCGGCAUCUAUCAGCUCGUCACCAAAGUGCCACUCAAGACGGUCAGCAGACACACACCCAGAGCAGACCUACAACACGAAAAGACACCCCCCUGCGACAAACAGAUCCUGACGUGGUCGAUUUUGGUGUCGCUGCCGAUCUACAUGCUGCCGAUACUGCUCGUGCUCGGUGGCCAGACCGCCACACACAGAGAGACAGCAUCAUGUGGGUGUGCACUGUGUCUCCAUGUGUGUGACCACGUCAUGCAGGUCUGAACUCGCGCAUCGGCAUCUCCAACGAAGCGUCCGCCUGCACAUCACACGCAUCACACAAAUCGCACAAACAUGCAUGUCUGCCUCUGUGUGAGGCAUACGUCAGGUUUCUGUUGAGUGGCGGUUCUCUGCUCGAGGCGACGGCUGAGCUGCAGAUCUUACCUCUCAUCGUCUACAGCUGCAAAGUCUGUCCAAAAGGCAUCGAAGGUCUGUGAAUCGAUGGAUGGAUGGAUGGCCUGGUGUGUGUGCCAUGUCUGUGUCUGUCUGUCUGUGUGUGCGUGGUGGAUUGGAUGAGUGCAGGGACGGUGUUUGCCAUCCUGAUGAGUGUGCGCAACGCCGGGGCCCUGCUCAGCAAAGCCAUGUACAGACAGACAGACACAGGCCGAUGUGAUGGGCACACCCCUUUCUUUCUCUCUGUGUGUGUGCCGCUCCACCACUCAAUGUACUCAAUGUGCUCAUCUCUCUCUCAGGUCCUCAUUUUUCACCUACCAGCUGGGAAUCACAGCCACAGACUUCACCAGUGAGUAACCGACCACACACACCACGCCACGCCCACCGACACACCACACCCACACAUAUAUAUUAUAUGCAUAUAUUUCUCUGUCUCUCUAUUUAUGCCUACGAUGCGUCUGUAU